AUGGACGAUUCCAAGGGUCUAGCCAUUGCCUUCGAGGAGGCCAAGCUCUCCUACUCGCAGGGUGGCAUUCCGAUCGGCGCCGCCCUCAUCGCCCCAGACGGCACCGUCAUCGGCCGCGGCCACAACGAGCGCGUCCAGCGCGGCAGCGCCAUCCACCACGGCGAGACCUCGGCCCUGUACAACUCAGGCCGCCUCCCAGCGCGUGCGUAUCGCGGUGCCACCAUGUACACAACCCUCUCUCCUUGUGACAUGUGCACGGGCGCCUGUCUCCUCUACGGCAUCAGCAGGGUUGUCAUAGCCGAGAACAAGAACUUCCUGGGCGGCGAGUCGUAUCUGCGGUCGCGGGGCGUCGAGGUCGUCGUUGUGGAUGACGCCGAGUGCAAAGCGCUGAUGGACAAGUUUAUUGCCGAGAAGCCUGAGCUGUGGAACGAAGAUAUCGGCGUGGAAGAGAGGGUCUACUCCAAAGAGGGCAAGACGUCCGCACCUUGA